CAGUCUUGUUACGCCCGCUGGUCAACUUGGAGAUCCUAAAAGUGGACAUAGGCUUCCUAAACCUGCCCGGCAUCAACCUGUCUCAACUAGCUCCAAACGUCACCUCCCUAACGAUCGUGUACAGCGAAGAUCUGGCCGUUCCAGCACCCGUACUCGAUCAUUACGGUCCCCGAUUGAGACAACUGAUACUGUUGCGAUUCGAGUGCCACUUGGGACGCCACGACGGCUCGGAUGACCCGUACGACCCGAUUACGGACAUGGACGGCAUUCUUGAGCACUGCGAACAUCUACAAGUGGCCAAGUUCUACAGAGUCACGUACCUGCCAAGACUUACGCUCAGAUUGAGCCAACUGUGCACCAACUUGCGGGAGUUAUCCCUCGGUAUGAUCCGGGUUACCGCGCAACACUUUGUCCACAUCUGCCAGCUGCUGCAGCUCAAGUAUCUCCACAUCGAAGAAUCUUCGGUGGAAACUCCCAACUUCCAGUGUUACCAAGUGCUGGACAGCUUGACGGAGCUAUCGCUCCAUGCCGCCUCCUUCGACAGCAGCGACCAGUUCAACGACUUUGUCCGGCAUGCCUUUCCAGCACUGUCCAGCUUCCGGGUGCACAACUGUCGCGAUUUGUACUACAUUGCCGAGGUCAAGUUUUGGGGUCUGCAACUGCUCGAGCAGCUAUCGGUGCGACAAAUUGACCCAAUCAGCUGGGAAUUCAUCGUGAACCUGUCCUACCUCCCGCUCCUAAAAACCGUCACCCUAAUCUGCAGCAACUUCCCCGAGUACACUCUCGACCACGUCCCGCAUGUCGUUUCCACCAGCAUCCAAACGCUUUCCAUCCUGGCGGAACUGACGGAUGCCACCCUGAGCCGGCUGGUGUGCUUCUUCCCGAACCUUAGGCUGCUCAAACUACGCAACCCAACCGGAUGUACGGCGGACGGCAUCCGGAGCGCCCAAAAGCUCGUUCCGGAAUGCCUCUUUGAAGUGCCGGCGCGGUUUUGAUCACGUUGCCUGUUGAACGUAACCUUGAUCGUGAAAUGUUUCGUGUGGAGUUUAGUGAAAUAUUUCAAGCUAGUGUUCAUGAGUGAAUUUAAAUUCACGCGCUUAUCGACCGGCUUCGGAUGAAUGUAAACGGAAAACAUCACCAAUACAUGCGCAAUGUAAAAGCUCAAGAAUAAAACAAAACAAAUUUUGCUGCACGGGUUUUGAGCGGUAAGGAGUUCAUCAGAGCACGUGGUCGGUUAUUCGAACGUUGGAGAAGAUGAAUUUAGGUCGCUUUAAUGACUUUUAAAAGAAGUAAAAUUAACGCUAA